GGCAUGGCUUGCACCAGGAGAACCAAAACUUUGGUGUCCACAUGCGUGAUACUGAGCGGCAUGACCAACAUUGUUUGCCUGCUCUAUGUCGGAUGGGUCACUAAUUACAUCGCCAACAUUUACAUCAAAGUUCCGAUGCCUUUGCCGGAGAGAAAGUUAGAGGGUGACAAAAGAGGUGACACUCUCCGGAUCAUUGAGAGGCUCGAUCGACUGGAGAAUGUGGUCAACCAGCACAUACAAGAGACUCCAGGGAGGGGAGAGGGCGGUCAGGCAGACACAUCCUUCUCAGACUCGUCGCUGUUCGCUCACUGGGGUCAGGAGCUCAGCCCGGACAACCGGCGGGUGGCAUUGAAGAUGUUCCAGUACUAUGGAUAUAACGGCUACCUCAGUGAUCGUCUCUCUUUAGACAGACCGAUACCAGACCUCAGGCCUGAUGGGUGCAGAAACCUCACUUAUCCUUUAAACCUCCCUCAAGUGAGCAUUGUGUUCAUUUUUGUGAAUGAAGCCUUUUCCGUCAUCUUGCGGUCCAUUCACUCUGCCAUCAACAGGACGCCCUCCCGACUUCUCAAAGAGAUCAUCCUGGUGGACGACAACAGCAAUAACAGUGAGCUAAAGGAGAAACUGCAGGAUUUUGUGUCUGAGACAAACAGACAGCAUCCAGGAUUCAUCAAGAUGGUGCGUCAUGCCAAGCAGGAGGGUCUGAUUCGGUCCAGAGUGAGCGGGUGGAGGGCUGCUACUGCCCCAGUUGUUGCCCUGUUUGAUGCCCACGUGGAGUUCAACGUUGGCUGGGCUGAACCCAUUCUGCAGAGAAUUAAAGAAGACAGAACGCGCAUAAUCUCCCCAUCAUUUGAUAACAUCAAGUACGACACGUUUGAGAUUGAAGAGUAUCCGCUGUCAGCCCAGGGCUUUGACUGGGAGCUGUGGUGUCGCUACCUCAACCCACCCAAGUCCUGGUGGCACAAUGGCAACAAGAGUUCACCAAUCCAGAGCCCGGCCCUGAUUGGCUGCUUCGUGGUGGAUAGGCUGUACUUCGAGGAAAUUGGUUUGCUGGAUGAAGGGAUGGAGGUGUACGGGGGAGAAAAUGUGGAGCUGGGCAUCAGGGUGUGGCAGUGUGGCGGCAGUGUUGAGGUCCUUCCUUGUGCUCGCAUUGCCCACAUAGAGCGUGCUCACAAACCCUACACAGAGGAUCUGACGUCUCACGUGCGGCGAAACGCCCUCAGAGUUGCAGAAGUGUGGAUGGAUGAGUUUAAAAGCCAUGUCUACAUGGCCUGGAAUAUUCCCAUGGAGGACCCGGGCAUUGAUAUUGGCGAUAUCUCUGAGAGGAAGGCUCUGAGGAAGAGGCUGCAGUGUAAAACUUUCCGAUGGUACCUGGUCAACAUCUACCCUGAGAUGAGGAUGUACAGUGACACCAUCGCAUAUGGAGUACUGAAAAACUCUCUGAAGAAUGAUCUGUGUCUGGACCAGGGGCCCGACAAUGACAAUGUCCCCAUCCUGUACCUCUGUCACGGGAUGACACCUCAGAAUGUGUACUACACCAGUGCUCAGGAGCUCCACAUCGGGCUCCUCAGCCCAACCGUUGAUGACGACGACAACAAGUGCCUGGUGGACGUGAACAGCAGACCGCGCCUCAUCGAGUGCAACUAUGCCUCGGCCAAACGCAUGAAGCUUCACUGGCUCUUUACUCAGGGAGGAUCCAUUCAGAACAGGAAAUCAAAGAGAUGCCUAGAGCUUGUAGUGAGCAGCGACAAUGAGUUUGGCUACCAACUGGCUCUGCAGAAAUGCACUGGACAGAAAUGGUUCAUCACAAACGUGCUGUUUAGCAGCUCCUUAUGA